AUGGAUGACGAUGGAACAGAUUGGAGUGAUACAAUUGAAUUUGCUGACGGUACUAAAUUUGCACUUCCACAUGAUGAUCAUACAGCAACGGGUGCAGUAGAUGUGGUAGAACCUUCGUGGACGCCAGCAUGGGACCAGAUUCGAGUAGAAGGGGUAGUAAGAGGAUCAGACGAAGUAAAUGAUACAGUAGGAGGGGGCGGAGAGAAGAAUAUGAUAGAAGGAAUAGGUUCUAGUGGGGCAUCAGGAGAGACACCUAGUUUUGGAGUGGUUUCUAAGGAAAAACGGUUCGAAGAUGAGUAUUAUGAUAGAUCAUGGAAUUCUCAGCGAUUAGGAGUGCCACAAAUAUACAAUGUGAAUACAGGGAAAUUUGACGUGGUAGACGAAGCGGCGAAAAAUAUUAGGAGAGGAAGUCGACGAACUAAUUCGGAAACUAAACCAAAGACAUGUCAUCCCGUAUCAUUAUUAUCUCGUCAUAGUCCACUCAAUUAUAUGAAAAAAGAUGGAGUCCCUGAAAUUCACGAGCAAAAAUCAGCUAAACCGGAUAAUAUAUUGGAUAAUGACAUAAAAAAGAAACCCUUAGGACUUCCAAAAAUAAUAUUGAAAACAGAAUCAAAAGCAGAAGCAAAAACAGAAUUGUCUGGUACACAUUCUUCAGCGCAGCCUUUGAUUUCAGUUGAAGAAACGAUGAACACGGUAAAACCAACGCUUUAUCAACCUGCGCAAAUAAUGAAUCCUAUAAUUGAUGAUAUUGAGACAUUCCAAAGAGCUGUUAUGAUUGAAGCAAAAGAGAAAGCACAGCUUCGACGUGAAGAGGAAGAGAUAGAACGUAAAAUGCAGCAAGAACGUGCAAAGAAAAAGGCCGAGGAAUUAGCAAAGCUUGCACAGAAAUCAAAACCUGCUGAAAUAGAGUUUUCUACAGAAGAAAAGAAAGAUACAACUAUCACUAAAAAUUCAAAUGUUCACUCUACCCAUUCAUCUAAUAUUUUAACAGAUACUUCUUUAGUAUCGUCUCAACAAGUAUCAUCUGUUUCAACCCAUGAGUUGAAAAUAUCUAGCAAGCCAAUUGAUGGGAAAAAGGAUAAGCAUAAUUUAUUUCAUUUGUCUGCAAAGAUAUUUCCAACGCAUUCUCAAACUUUUAAAAAUUCGGUUAAGUUAACUAAAUUAGACGCGAAUGUACCACUUGUUUCAUCCGAAAGUGAUUCUCAAGUACAUAACGAUUUAAAAUUAACAUUAAAGAAAAAUCUUCCAAUUAUUUUUCCAGAACAACAUCCAUCUAAUGAAAAAGAGGGAAAAAUAGCUGAAGCCCAUAAACAUCAUACACAUAUAGAUACAAAACAAAAGCAUCCAAAGAUAUCAUAUACGAAUAAUCACCCUAGUUUUAAUGAUAGUUGGAGAAAAGAACGCAUUACUCUAAACGAAAAAGAAUUACAUAAAACAUGGGUAUCAUUAAACAACGUGGAAUUGCGGGAAUCUUUAAAUCCUCCUAGUAUACCUCUUUUUUCUUUGGAAAAAAAGAAAUUAACGGUAUUAACAGCAAACAAGAAUUCCAACAAAUCUAGUCCAUCUCAUUCACGAACAUCAUCACGUUUUUUCCCUGUUACAACUCAAACAGAAAUAACUACACAAUCUAUUGAAAUUACUAAAUUAGAAAAAAGCAAAAACACAUUACCAUCUGAACAUCGUGAAAAAAAUGAUAUUUCUUUAUUAUCAAAAACAUCUUUCAAUACACCGACUCAUUCUAUUCAAACUAGUCAUUCGGAUAUAAAACCUUCAAUUGUUAUUUUACCACCUAGUUCUCAUGUUUCACAAACAGUAUCAACACAUUCUUCAGGACGUUUAUUGAAUGUCAAAACAGUACCUACAGCAUCAACAGCACCUGCUUCUGUACCAUCUAUAUCUGCAGCACCUACAUCAUCUACAUCAGCAGUUUCUACUGCAUCUACAGCAUUGUUGAUGACUCAACCUGGAUCAAAUAUUUCUCAGCCCUCACGACAUAAUAUUCGUCCGUCAACACGAUCUUUCGAUGACGUAAUGGAACAACUUGCUAGAGCAGGAAAUUUUGCACAAAAUAAUGAAAAAUUUGCUUCAUAUUUAUCCAUUUCUAAAUCACAGCGAAAUCAUGUAGAGAAUGACGUUCUUUCAGUAACUACUAUUUCACCUUUUGAACUCGAAAAAUAUCCGAAAAACACUACUAAUGUUUCAUUGCAUUCUUUAAAUAACUCUAAUGAACUCUUUAUGACUGUACAGCCUUUUAUUAACGAAAACGAUACAAAACCUUUUGUUAAUAUUCCUCAUGCAUCUCCCUAUGUAUUUGCAACACGUCAAUACCCUAUGGAACAACCAAAAUAUUUCGAAACACCACAUGAACAUACUAUAGAUUAUGCUUUAUAUGAUGACCAAGAAGUCGAUACUCUUCGCCUUUAUUUACCUGAAACAACUCCAAAACAUAUUAAAAUUAAAUCAUCUAACACAUUUUUACACAAAAAAUCAUCAAAAAACAUACAAUUACCUGUCUAUAAUACUUUGUCAUCUUAA